UUAAGAAACUGGUAUUUGAGUUUCAUUUUAUAUUCUGUAUGUUGUGUAGUUAUUUGUGUUGUCGUUUUUAAAAAAUUAUAAAAAUGAAUUACAUUGAUGACGAUCAUUACAUGGAUGACGAUUCCUCAUCAUUGAUACGAACAGUACCUACAAGUUCAACGUCUGCCCUCACCAUGUCAACAAACACCAGUAGUAGAGUAGUUAGGACAGUACCAAGGUGUGUUCCAUUGUCUAGUCAGCAGUCGUCAUCAGGAUUUGUUCCCCUCACCACAAAGUCAAUGGCGACGUCGAGAUACACAAACGUUUCUCUUCAAAUUGUCAAACAGCCAGAGCAGCAACACAGAGCCAGAUAUCAGACUGAGGGUAGUCGAGGGGCCGUGAAAGACAGAGACGGAAACGGAUUCCCUGUGGUACAACUCAUCAAUUAUUUUAAACCAGCAACAUUACAAGUAUUCAUUGGUACUGACACAGGAAGAAUAUCCCCGCACAUGUUCUACCAGGCGUGCAAAGUCAGCGGCAAGAACUCCACGCCCUGCACGGAGCGAAAAAUCGACGGAACGUGCGUCAUAGAGCUGCAGCUAGAUCCCGCGAAAGACAUGAGCGCCACCUGUGACUGCGUAGGAAUACUCAAAGAAAGAAACGUCGAUGUUGAGCACAGGUUUCCGGAUCAGUUGGGCACUCGAAGAAAGAAAAAAGCGACGAAAUGUAGAAUGAUAUUUAGGACUACUAUUACGUUAGAAGACGGAACGAUAGAGAUCCUACAAGUGUGUUCACAGCCAAUAGUUUGCACCCAACCUCCUGGCAUUCCCGAGAUUAGCAAAACGUCUCACGUCUCAUGUCCGGCCAGCGGAGGUCUAGAGUUGAUCAUUCUCGGUAAAAACUUCCUCAAAGACACCAGAGUUGUGUUCCAACAAUAUGAAGAAAACCGCUUAAGGUGGGAGAAAACCGUAACACCAGAUAGAGAGUUUCUUCAACAGAUACAUUUCGUAUGUGUAGUACCGCCCUAUCGAAGAACCGACAUUACCGUACCAGUGGGGGUGCGGUUACGUGUUAUAUCUAGUGGUAAAACAUCUGAAACUCAUCAGUUUGUAUAUACACCCGUUAAUGUUCAGGCGCCGCCUCCCCGUCCACCCCACCAGCCGCCUACAUUCUUCAAGCGUACCUUCUGGCAAUCAAACAUGUCCAUCAGUAAAGGAGAGCAAGAUCUGGAUAUGAUGCCGCCUCCUGAGUCGAGUAUGGUGCCGAUUUCCACAAGGAGACCUUCCAUUAACCUCCCAUCUACCAGCGACAGUCAUUCUCCACCUUUACACUCUUUGAAACCAGAAUACAUAGACGAAUCAAGCCAGGGUUCUAUUAUAGAGCAAGAGAGGUACAGACAUAUGUCUGAGAGUUCUUUAGACGCUCAUCACGGUGACUCUAACAUGUCGAUGAUCAAUGAGAACUCCAUGAUGAGUCACAUUAAUGAAAACUCGAACAUAAGUGUUGGUAAUGAAGACAGCAUCGAUUUAAUAAGAGGAGACUGCAUGAGUAGAAUGACGAACGUUUGCGAAAGUUCUUUAGACUGUGGAGAUUCAAAUAUGUCUAUCAUAAAUGAAGGUAGUACGUGUAGUAACGUUCUGCCAUCCACUCCCCUUUUAGCUGACCAGAACAGCACGAGUAUGGAAAAAGUGAUGGAUUUGCGUAUGAAGAUGCCGACGGUUACAGUAGCUGAUUUGGUAAAUACGACAUCACCUUCUAUAGCGGCUUUACAGACGUUCGGUAUUAUGGAGCAUCCCUUAGCUCCGUUGCCGAACCAAAGUGCUCAGAGUGUGGAAAACUAUUUAAACAGAAUUGAAGCUAAACCGUCGUUGAUACCUUUAACGAACCCAACCGGUUUGUUAAUGAAAAACGACAUCAGCCAGAUCAUUAGCACUGAGGGUGGCAUGUUCCCUAACCCAAAAUCUCCUACCAUGGAAACUUGCGGUAUACUGAAUCUAAGGGAGCCGAUGUUUCCAAGUUCUGCAAGACCUUUUAUGUCUAGUAGAACACAGAGCGACGUGAUGAACAUUGUUGCUAAAUCAGAAAGCUCAGAUGUACCUGAACAACAGACCUCACCGGAACAAACAAACGCUAUGGCUUCGUCUGCCAUAACGACAGUAGUUACUGCCUUGGAUCGUAGUGUCCCUACACCGAUAAACACAGAACGACUCGAUGCUUUGGUGAAUUCGACCGUGGAGUCACAUUUGAGCCCCACCAGAGCAGAUUCCUCGCCGAAACACAUACUCAUAAAUAACUUGACCUCCUUAGUAACAGCAGCUCCUCCAAAGUUGAUGAUUCCCACGCACGAUGUAAUGCUCAAUUCCCAAGCUAGUCUCAUGGUGCCUCCUAUGAUAAACACCACCAUGACGACCCCCUCCCUGGGACCAGCUGAACUGUCGAAUCGAUCGCCCAAUCUCACCUCAGAAGUCAUUUUGAAUUCCCAAAUUUCCCCGAGCUUGAUGUGCCGCAGCUCAAGUGCUAUACCUCCAGAAACACUUAUGGCCCCCUCUCCCAACAUGAGCUUAUGCCAAACUACCACUGCCGUUGAACAAGCGCUGCUCAGCAGCACUUCUCCGCAGCAAUCGCUUCUCAGCACUCCUCAGCCCGUAGAGAUUGCCGCAGCUUUGACCACUGGGCCUGAGAACGCCGUGCUACUGAACGCGGCAGUCGAUCUCCUCCAAACGCAGAAGAAACUCAGCGACUUGGGGACCAACUUACCUGCUAGUACAAGUCAAUUAACGUCGCAAGCCGAGACGUUCACGCAGUCCUUUGGAUCCGUGAGUAUUCCUGUCAAGGAAAUGGUACCGACGACACAAGCCGACAUGACUCAGAACGUUGACAGAAUGAUACCACAAAGUUUUACCUCCUUGACUGAGAACGAACUGAUCAACCCAAGUUGUUUCGAUCAAGGUAAUAAUAAUAAUACUUUCCGUUAAAGUAGAUUAUUUUUGUUUGGAGUGUAAUUGUUCUUUAAAGCAUGGACUUUAUGUAGUGAUAGGUCUUUUGAUAUUUAUGUCUUUCUCUGUAGCUUAGUAUAGAGAUUUGAAAGAUGUGCUCAGUUGCUAAUAUAGUCUACAGUUAAAUAAAAUAUAGUACACUAAGUAUAUACUACGGAAUCAUUUUUCUCCGUAUAGUUUAACAUACCACAAAACAGUAUUCUUUUUAAUUUUCCCGAGUUUUAACAAAGUUAUUUUCCUAUAUUAGUAUGAAAUGUUAACAUUAUUGGUGACACAAUGCAUUAGAUGCAUUAGAACUUGUUUUUUAUCACUUCAAAACUGUUUAGUCUUGAAACAAGUUCAAAUGUUAAGAAAGAAGCUAGCAGACAAAAAAACAUCAAAUCAUUUUACCCAGUCAAUUCGUAAAUAAAUCAAUUUUAUAGUAAUCAAAAUCAUUUUAUCGUUUUACUCAUAAUUUUUACUUCAGAUCAAAUAUUAACUUAUCGAGAAAAAAUAAUUUUACUCAUACUUAUAAAACCAAUUUUAUAGUUUUCACAAUGAUCUUAGCGUUUUGCUCAUAAUUUUUACUUCAAAUAAAAUCUUAACACUUAUCAAGAACAAUUCAUUUUUACUUAUUUAACUUAUAAAUAAAUCAAUUUUAUAUUUAUGAAAAUGAGUUUAGCUUUUUUACUCAGAACUUUUGAUUAUCAAGAAAAAAUCAUUUUACUCAUUAAACUCAUCAAUAAAUCAAGUUUAUAGCUUUCAAAAUGAUUUUAGCAUUUUACUCAGAGUUUGUACUGCAAAUAAAAUAAUCUUUUAAUUAUCAUUUUGAUAACCAAACUUCAUUUCUCUGAAAGGUUCAUAUUCUUUAUAGCUUUAUCCAGAUCUAUUUUAGUAUUAUAGAUUCUUGUUUUAAUAUAGCUCUUCACGUUUAACAUUUGAGUACACAUCAAUUUGUUUGACAAAUCAUUAUGUGUGACAUUUGGAAUGACACUGUAAUGAAUCAAUCUUAAUGUUCGAAAUUAUGUCAGCUUUUUAAAUACUCAGUUUCUAUUGCAGAUGAAAUAGCUGUUAUCAUUGUUAGCAAUCAUUCAUUUGUUUGAGAGAUUUACCACCAGUCAUAGCACUACUAUAGCUUUUAGCUUUUACAUAAUUUCACUCAUCGAUUUUUUAGAGAAAUUAUUAAUUUUAAAAACUUAAGUUAUGUGCCUAAAGACAAGAGACCUAGUGUCACAAGAUAUCCUCAUCCAAGUGUACUGCAUUAUUUAACUGUAGCAUAUUUUAUAUAAUAGACUGAAAACUUCUUUGUUUAUAGUACGAUAACUAUAUAUUAUAGAUUUGAAUAUUAGUACAUAUACUCAACAUUGUCUAUAUAUUUUUAAUUUGAGUUUUAUUAUAAGCUAUUAUAUAGGGGUGUCUUACCAUGACUGGCUUAAAUCUUUGGCAUCUAACUAUAAAUGCUAAAAAAUUACGCAUUAUAUUUUAUUUUUUGACAAUAAAACACGUACACUUACUGUUACUGUACAACUUACUGUUUGGAGAAGUAUUUAAUAUUUGUUUAAAUAUUUUGUUUUACUAUUUAACAUAGAUGUUAUUCUAUAUUUAAUAUUCUAUAUUUUUUACUUAUGAUCCGGCUAGAAGGACCAUGAAUAAUCUUUGAACUUGUUAAAACUAACUGGUUAAUUACGUAAAUUGCGAGCAGUGGAAUAAAUAUAUUGAAUAGGGAACUUGCACAUUUUUUAUUAUAUAGGUAAUAAUAUUCAGUUUUGUUUCAAAAUGAGAUUUCCAAAAUUUCACACCUCAUAAAUUCAUAACAACUUAGAAGUACAAAUUUAAAAUCUUCUGGGUAUUUAAACCAUUUCAAACGACCCAAAAAGCGCGCGAACACUUUUGACGUCACAUCAUUAUAUUUUAUAAUGUCAUUUAUCGUAUGUCAUUGUAAUAAUAUUUAUGUCUUAACAAAAACACUCAAACAUUAAUCAGAAAUAGCAACUAUCAAAAUAUUUAUAAAAGUGAAUGUCAUAACGAAAGCCAAACCUAAUGAAUUAAUGACGAGGACAUCAAAUACUAUAAUGAUAUGACGUCACGAGCAGUGAGAGCGCGUUUUGGGCUGCCUGCUAUAAUUUUAAUUUUCUCUCGAUUUUAAUCGUCUUUACAACCAAACGAAAGACAAUUUUUUUUCUUUGAUAUAUGUUUUAAAUAAUUAUGUUCUGUUGUGAUUUAUAGCAUUUUUUCGAAUUUAAAAUUUUAUGCAAGUUCCCUAUUGUAAAUACAAAGUUUGAAAGAAUAAAUAUGAAAGAAACACUUUGGCGGGUCAUAAAUUAUCUUCUGCUUAAAUAUUUUAUAUUUUUGCUUCAAAUAAUUUGGCUUGUCAUGCUAAGACAUCCUUUUUGUACAUAGUGCCUCAGUAGUAGUGUUAGGAAAUGUUAUUUUAUAUAUUCAUAUACAUAUUGAAUGGUUUUUGUUUUGUAUCACUAAUUUGCUUCUCAAUAUUGAGCUUAGAAGGAUUUGAGUGGCUUUAAAGGUUGUUUGUCACUAGAUCUAACCAUAAUAUAGACCGUGAGUUAAUAAUCCCUAGUAUACAGUAUACAAAGUGAAAUGAAGACAAAAUAUAAGGCUGCGCUGAUACUGUAUAUCAGAUCAGCUAAUUCAGAGCUGAUUGUCUGUGUAACUUGAUGUUUUCUUACUAUUUUCUGCUUUUCUUCCUAUUUGUCCGUCUUCUAGAUUUCCAUGUCAGGAUUUUUUUAAAUAACCUCUUUAUUUUGCGUAUUAUUUCAUUAAUUACACCAUAUCUGUUUCUCUUCCUCUUUCUCCGUCUUCUAUAUUUCCAUGUCAGGAUUUUAAAAUAACCUCUUUAUUUUACGUACACCUCCUACCUCCUUAAUUACACACCCUCACCUUUUUCUUGGUGAAAAUGGCUCAUGUAAAAAAUUUUGCACGCGAAGAUGUCCAGAUCCUUUCUUUGUCAAUAUUGGUCCUUUAAACUCCAAUGAGCGAUUCUAUUUUGGUGUUGUAUUUUGAUCGAUUUUAAAAUAUAUACAAUAUUUUUGAACAAAAACAAUCUUCAUCGUUUAUAAAAUCGUUUUUUUUUUCGAUAUUUUAUACAACAUUGAAGCAUCUGUAUGUUCAAAUUAUUUAAUUGUUCUAAGUUCACCCACCCAAUUCCUUCUAAAUGAUUACUAAAGCUGUCUGAUAACUAAUACUGUAGUAAUAAUGAUAGAACUUGUAUACCUAUGUCGGCAAUUUUUAAUAAAGUUUCUUGAAAAGAUAAAACAGAAAUAUAUUUAAUACCCAUAAAUAUAUUUUAGUGUAUCCAAGAAGCCGUAAGUAUUAAUUUUAUAGUAAAAAUUCUAAAUAAACUGCUAUUUAGUACACCUCAAAUAAACUUUUGAAAGAACCACAAGUAGUCCAGGG